CGCUCUCUUCUUUUUCCCCCUUCAAGUAUUGUCCGCAUAAUCCCGAAAUCCCAGAGUCCCGGAUUUCUUUGUCGCCACAGCACCCCUCUCGACGGGUAUAACGAAAUAUCUUUUCUCCCAUUGGACAGAGAGAUUGACGAGAAUUGGAGGGUGCGCGGUGAAAGAUUUUCUCUAGUGGAAGAAGCUAACGCCCAACCCUACCAGCGUUUCGCACACUGACCGUGUGCAAGCCUGGCGGAGGUUUUCGAAAAGAGCGGUGGGGUAGAAGCUGAAGGUGAUCUCUUACACCCCCGAGAGACACGGAAAAUCUCUAUUCGUUCUUGUAUAGUACUACGGGCAAAAGUGGUUCGGGGCUCGGGUCCAGUGACUCCCAGUCUCGGGGCGGUGAAAAACUCGUGUGGCAUUUUUUUUUCUCUAUAGAAAAUCCUCGUACAAAUACAAGUGUCGUAAACACAAAUAUGUAAAUACGAGUUAAUAUCGGUAAACAUAUGGACACUAAUCAAAAUCUUCAGAUUCGUACUGUUUAUUUUUUAUUUUUUCCAUACAUUUUUCCACCUGCGCUCGUUUUCUCUACACCGGGUCGUUGUGAAGUUUCGCGAUCGUGUGAUAUUGCAAACCUAUAAGAAAUUCGAUGUCUCAAGAUUGUAGUAUUCAUUUUUCCCAAUCUGAGUUACAUUAUUUUUGUUUUCAUUGCAUCUAAUUGAGUGGCGUGAUUGGUGGUCGUCGAUGGACACUCGAGACACCCGUCAAGUGUAACUUGCCACCCAAACGACUACGUUGAAUCUCCCAGUUAAUUAACGCAAAGUGUGUUGAGUACGGGCGGUUGGCCACGAUAACUCUAGACUCGAGAGCGCGGAUUCGUUAACGAAUCUACAAAAGAUGAGCCUCGAGUAAUGCUUGGCGUUCUUGGAGCCUGAGUGCGGUUUUAAUAUGUGUACUUUACGCGUAAAUUGUCAGCAGUGUUCCAUAUCGUAAAAAGUAAAGUGUUUGUUUUACGGUUCGGUUGAAAAAUCGAGCUGCAGUGAUAUUAAGAAAAGAAAACGAAUAAACUCUUUAGCAGUUCGGAAAAUAAAAGUCUCUGUCAUUCCAACAUCGAAUGAAAUGUUUCUCACUGUUUAGAAUAAGAUUCUUAGCAGAUUGUGAUGUCACGGACUUUUUUGGUUAUAUUUUCCUUUUCUUUUAUUAGUUCGGGACAGUUUUGGGCUUGUGAUCGUGAAUCGUGAGACUUCGUACGAAAGGAAUAAAAACAAGUGGUUAGUGUCAGAGUCGCGAGGAUGUCUCUUUGACCUUGUGUCGCUGUAGUCAGGUCACAAUUGUUUCCCCCGUUGUUUCAUUGUUUCGUGCGUGGAUCGCGGGCUGAACGUAAACAUACGCGGUAUAGAUGACGCUUUAAAACUACGAUUCUGCAGCCAUAGGUGUCAUGCGAACCCAAGAUAAAACACCUCACCGAAUCACGAGUACGAGCCGAAUAUCGUAAAAUAAUUGAAGAAAUGUAAAAGUAACGUGACAUAUUCGAUCACAACUUAUUGUUUCAUCUGGGGCCUCUCAAGUUUUUGCUUUCAUACGAGAGCCAACGAAUGCCACCGAACGAGAGCCACCGCAUAAGAACGUGCUUAGUGAAUAUAAUUUGCAAAAUCGGAAGCGUGCUGAAUUUUUUUGCACAGCAUAAAUGAAUGUCUCUUCAAUAAGUUCUGAGCAACGAAAACUACUGCUGAGAUCUUCGUUAGACCACAAAAUAUCAAGGUUGUCGACGUAAUUUGCGGUCGAAAAAAACGAUGGAUCAACGAUUCGUGGGGCUAACAUUCGUGGGACUUUACUGUCUCAUAAGUAUUUCGGACACAUCGAAAAUGGGAGCUGGCAGGGAAAAUUGCGGUGGUCAUUUGAUCAGCUCAAGAGGUGUUAUUUCGACGCCGAAUUUCCCAAAUUCGUUUCAAGUUCCGAUAAGGUGUCGCUGGGUCAUCGACUCCUCGAUGGUCAGCCAUCCCAACAGCUCGAUCAUCGUUUACCUCACUCAGCUUUACGUCUACAAGGGAUUGACCUUCACCGAGUACGCUUAUUACGAGUCCGAAACAACGAAUUUCGGCGGUACUGAGAUCAAAGAAAUCACCGAAGGCAACGUCUUCGAACACAGAUGGUUCAAAUCGUACAGGCCUUUUCUCGUCAUCGAAUUUUUAUUGGACAGACUCGAAGGCAAUCACGUUCGCGUACUUCACGACCUAUUGAACGUCUACGGGUUCAACGUCACGUACGAGAUCACCGAGGCCGAUGCGAACCCAAAUUCUUGCACGGUUCGGGAUUGCUCUUAUACCGGAAACUGCAUCCUCGCUGCCGAUUACACCUCUUUUCGAUGCCACUGUUUCGAAGACUUCAGUGGCGACAAAUGCGCCAACGGGCCACUCUGCAUCAACGAUCAACGAAACGCUGUUUGUCGCAAUGGUGGCACGUGCAAGCACGUCGGGGCGGAAGCUGUGAGAUGCCAAUGUUCCGCUGGUUACACCGGACACAGCUGUGAAAUCGAGCAAACCGAUAUUCUCAAUGCAGAUUGUACAGGAGAGUCCUGCAUUCUUCAGUGUCCCUUUUCGACCAAGGACAGCCAUCCUUGCGACUGCAAAAACCCUAGUCGAAUCUACAAGAAUCGUGCCAGAUACGAGUGCCGGAUAAAACUGUCCAACGUGACAUCAAUACGGACCAGAAGUAGUGUUCCGACCGGAAGCGUAGAAUCAAUUCUCAGCAAGCAGCUUGCCAAGUACUUGAAGAACUCGAAUAUCUCGACGAUGGAGGACUUGAAAAUCCUGAAUGUUACGCAAACAGCGGAGGUAACGUUUCAUUUUUUCGGGAAUUCGAACGACGGUGAUAAAAUUCGGGAAGCUCUCAAUCGCCUUGUGCAACGCAGACGACUCAGUGAUUUUGCUCUGGAGUCGACGCACUUCACAUUCCAACAAAAGCCAGCGCUCAGAUUACAGAGUCUUCACAUAAAUCACGUCAACGAACGAGAAGUUCGGUUGGGCGACCAGUUCAUCCUAUCGUGUGUCGCACAAGGGAGUUACGGCAUCAAAUUUAUUUGGUACAAAGACAAUAUGCUUGUCGACAUGAGCAAAGCAACGAGGGAAAUCUGGUAUCGAGAUCUACCAAAUGAUGGCUCGGACACCCACACCUCGUUGUUGACCAUUGACAAAGCAACUCUGUUGGAUACCGGUCGUUACACCUGCCAGGCAAUCGAUUGGGGCGCCCAGCAAUGCAAGAGCAUCUACAUAGACGUCAGAGAUGAACCCGAAGUUAAAGUCGUGCCGAUGAGUGCAACGAUAGACAAGGGCAGUGACAUUCAACUGAUGUGCACGACACCGAACAUGCGGAGUUUAGGAAUAGGAUUUGGUUGGACGAAGAACCGCGCCCUAAUCAAAUUGGAGCCAGGGAAGCAAGUCUGGGAAGAUUUGUACCCAGCUGGGAGUAUUUUAAAAAUAACGAAUGCUCAAAAAUCUGUUAUUUACGCCUGUAACGUGGCGCACAGAUCGAUGUCGGUACGCGUGGAAGUCGUGAAUCGUACUUUGGUACCGAUAUGUUUGAGGGAAACAGCAUGGGGCUUGCGUUGGCCCGAUACUGGUCCAGGCUCUGAGGCACUUUUGGAUUGUCCUCGUCAUUUCGUUGGUCGUCGAGUUUCGAGAUUGUGCGCUAUGAAAGAUGCGACUACACCGGAAUGGCAAUUGCCCGAUUUCUCAGCUUGUCUAUACGAACCUUUGAUACUUCCCUACAGCAGUUUCCGAAGCUUGACGCUAGGUUAUCAAAAUACAACUGGUUCAGCGACGAUUUUAGCGUUCUGGGAUGUUUUACGAACACGUCAGGCUCCACUGUAUCCUGGGGAGGGCGAUCGUAUCGUGAAUAUUCUCGCUGAAAUCGAACACUAUCAGUACAACAUAGAUGAUCUCGACAAUCUGUAUACUUCAGCGGAAGCCCUGACGAGAAUAAUUAGUCGUAUACUGGACGACGAGCACUCCAUUUUAACACAGCAGAAACAGUUAUUACUGCAACAGCUGACUCAGAGAAAUUUUGAAUACUGGGUCAAACAAUUUAUAUAUCCCUAUAAACAUCUCGUUCUGUCCUCGAUAGUCGUGGAUAUACAGGCUCUUCACGCUCAUGAAACCGACAGUACAAAAUAUUCCUUGCAAAUUCCGGUUGACGAUUAUAUGUAUCCUCAUUGGUAUACUGAUAAAAUAGGUAUACGCGUGCAGAGAAACGAUGUCGAUUUGAAUGCAAACAAGACAGUCAGUGGGAUCGUUAUUGUAUACAAAAAUUUAACUCGAUUCUUGCCCAGUGCGUACGUCAAAGAACUCGACGAUGGCACGGACCUCGAAUACCGCUUCAAUUCCCGAGUCAUCACCGUUGCGGUGGCGCCUUCCAGUGACAAGUAUUCAAGAGUUCAAAUCGAAUUGCGAAUGAGACAUUUGCACAAUUUGUCAGGCAAUUGGAAUGUUUCGUGUGGCGUCAUUAAUUCCGCUGGCGCCUGGGAUCUCGAAAGUUGCAUCGGCACAUUGAUCCCUGAUGGAAGUGCCACUGAUUGCGUUUGUUCGUCACCCGGAACCUUCGUAGUUUUCCUCACAUCAAGAGCAGCCCGAGUUACACUCGCCGAGAAAGAACGAACGACAUUCGUCGUAGCUCUUGGUUGCGGUAUUUGUGUUUUACAAUGCGCUAUAACUGCCAUAAUCCUGGGGAUGUGUUUGAUAAAAAAUCGCACGUGGCUGAAUUUUUUGAAACUCCAAUGUUCGACCGCUGUCAUGGGAGCCAUGAGUACUUUUAUUUACGCUGUUUAUACGGAUCUGCCGGAGUCGUCGUACUCCGUUAUUGCAAUAAGUUUGGAAUCUUUGUUGCUCAUUGGUUUGUCAGCCCCAAUAUCACAAGCUCUUAUCAUCUACGCAGACCUAACGCAAAUCCGUCCGAGUAAACAUUUUCAACCAACGGUCAUCGCUGUCAUUACAGGUGUUCCAAUAUUGGCGGUAUUGUCGACCGAACUGACUCAUAAGAGUACCGGCUGGAGACACGAAUCGUGGUGGUUAAUUUACGGCAGCGGCGUUUACAACAUUUUUGUGAGCUGCGUCGCAACGAUGCUUGCCGUUUUCAUGCUGUUGUACACCGGCGUAUUAUGGAAAGCUCACGCCCUAGUCGAGGAAAACGUCGUCAAACGGGAAACUUUGGAAAGGAGAAUUCGUAUGCUCCACUGUGCUGCGAUCGUAGUUUGUAGUUUGAUAAUUACCGAAGCCGCUUCCGUCUUUUACAUGAACACACAUUCGAUGAUGUUCCAUUAUAUAUUUGCUUCUCUGUCGUCUUUACUCGGAUUGGUUAUUUUGAUGACGCAUUUGGCCAACGGUGAAUUUAAAUGGUUGGAGCCAAUUUUACGGAAGUUUAAAUGCAAACCGAAAAAUGGAGAAAUCACCUCGGAGCCGAUAAAAGUUUGUUCGAAAGCUUCCGGCGAGGUUGAAAACGAGAGCGCACCGCCACCGCGUUCACAAGCAAUCCUCAGCGGCCCUGUUUACUUAGAGGCGCGUGGAGUCGCAGCUGGAAGUAUAGACAUCCGCGAUUACAUGAACGAGACGUCGACGAAUUAUUCAACGAACCAUUCAUCAGUGGCAACGAGCGCUCGCUACUUGCCUGAGAUACGGGUUGAUCAUAGCGACGAUAUAAAUCUUGAAAAUUACAGUACGAGUCCCCGAAAGUAUCAAGAAGCAAUGAAAUUUGAUACGUCCUUCACGAAGAGAAAAUCACAUUCACAAAGUUACGGCCCAGAUUUUUAUGGGCUUCCGGAACAACGACGAGGAAGUUUCAGAGAGCCGGUGGCUAGUAAAUUUGGAAUAAUGAGAGAGGUACAGACACAGGCUUGCUCGUCCGCCGUCACUCCUGGAUGUUCGUCAAAGUUAUUGUGCAGCGCCGAAAUCGAAUCUCGUUUGAGUAUAAGCGCAAUGCCCGAUGUGACAUUAGCUACGAAAACCGAGGUCACCGAGCACUCGAAAACCGUUGAAUCAGCGAGCCGCGAUCACGCGAGUGCGAUUCCGGACAUAGCCAAUACGAAUGAACGUAAACAACCUGACGGCGAGGAAAAAACACCUGAAAUAACAGUGACCGAUUGUGAAAACACGAGCACCGGUAUGCUCGACCGUAUUUCCCACGACCUCGAUUAUCUCCUUAAUCGAACGCAAACCAAAGAAGAGGUAUAAAUCCGGAUGCCUGUGAGCAAAUGCUCAUUUCGAUCCAAUGACCGCCAUUCCAUUCAUCCUUAUGAACGAUAUUAUAUUUUUAUUUUCGUGCGUUCCAAUCAAACGUAUCUCAGUAGCCCGUCGAUAGUCGAAAAACAGUGGUUGAAUCACCCUUUUGACAAGUGGCUGCGAAAAUAAUACGUUGCCAUUUUUUUCUAUCGUUUUUUCGUGAUGCAGUCACAUCUACCGUGACGAAAUUGUCAGAACUGCUUCAUAAUUUCUGGAGAAAUUAAUUCUUUUUUACAUACUUGAUAAGUGCUGGAACGAAGAAAACUGAGGGAUUAUUACCAAGCUAGUUCAUGAUAAAGUGAUAAAUAACGGUGUAACGAUUACCCGACUACUUCUAGUCCGUUGUUCAAGGAUCCGGGACACUGGUGACAUUUUCUAAUCGUAAUUCAUAAGCCCAAAGAUUUAUAUACUUACGUAUGUUACUUUAUACAAUUAGGAUAAUGGAAAAAAAAAAAAACAAUAACAAGUAAGAAAAAUACGAUUAACUUUUUCUGGGUAUUAUUCUGUAUAACGAAGUUUCUGAUACGUAACGGUAGUAUAUAAUUGUUAACCGUAACGAUAAUGCUCUCUUGCUGUGAAUCGAUAUACAAAUAAAUUUUGUAUAGGAACUAUA